AGUUGUUCGUGAUAGUCUAUCUGAAAACCUGGUCAAGCCGAUUGUUGCCGAAUAGAAGGCCCUUUUGAAUUUUCGUUAGUUGAAAAUUUGGGCGCCCUUCAAUUUGAUAGGAUUCGAAAAUGUUCAAAUCCAAAAAGAAAAAGGACAAAGACGAGAAUGGAAAGACGGGAACUUCUGUCAAAUCAAGCGAAAAUAGUGAAAAUCUAGAAGAUUCUGGCAACGAUUCGGAUUUGUUUAAAUUCAGUAUGAACAAAAGAGUGUCUAUAGAUAGACCGUCUCCAACAGAAGGCAGUGCCAGAGAAGCGAAAGAUGCCUUAUCACUUGACUCCAUAGACGGAGACAAGAGUCAAAAGACAUCUAAAUCAAAAUCAUCCACGUCGUCAUCCAAAAUCAGGAAAAGUAUCCUCAAAAACAACGCAAAUGCUUCGUCGCCUUUGCUUACAAGUCCACAAGAGAAUGUAGAAAUGGAAAUUAAAGACUCGAAACAUAGUCAGAAAAGCAUGCGGUUUGUGGCUUCUGGUGACGCUUUGGAUUCUGUGAAGGCGUCUGAAGCACAAAAACGUCGGGAAUUGAGUUCAAAAUCGAGGCGGUCAUUGAAUUUGAGUAUCCCAAAAAUACCCCUGGUCACGCACAAAUCCUUUGACGAGAAUCUGCUGCUGCCUAAAAUUUACAGUACCAAAACUCCAGAGCCACGAGAAUUAGUAUUGAAACAGAAUUUUGCUGGAGAUUAUGGAUUCACUGUGAAAACUUCUACGCUGCUGGAGAAAGUGCCAUUAACAGGGGAGAUAAUCGAAAGGAAUAUCCACUUUGCGGAGUCGAGUGCGAACAGCAGUCAAACCACAGGACUGCUUCCGGGAGAUAAACUUCUGAAGAUAAACGACACGCAUGUCGAAGGACUCCCUAAGGACAAAUUACUAGAGCUGAUUAAGGCGACCAAAUCUCCAGAAAUAAAGAUCACGGUCCAACCUGUUCCAGAGUUGCUGGAGUUAUGCCAACGGUGUGGUCUGGAAGAUAACUCUUCAUUGGCUGCUAUCACUGACAGAAACUUCGACAAAAAGUCAAAAACGGCUGGUAAGUCGGAGGAGGCUUUGAAGGCGGAGAGCCAGUACACACUCACUCCUUCCUACUGGCUAGUGCAUUCGGAGGGAUAUUCUGGAUGCACAGUGUUGAAUGAACAGGGAAGUAACCAAAGUGGCGGAGGCGGAGGUCAAACUAGAGUGAAGUUGACAGAGUCCGGAUCUAGUCUUCUGGUAGAUGAAGCUGAUUUAGAAAAGUGCAAUCCGUCGGAGCUUGACACAGUCGAAGACAUAUGCAAGCUCCGCUACGUCAAUGAAUCUUCAAUUCUGCACGUACUGAGAACUCGCUACUCGGGAAACGAACUAUUUCAUACAUUUUGCGGAUACAAUCUGCUAGUUAUAAACCCCGCUCACACUACUAACGCUUACAAUGACAAGGCGAUGACAGUGCUGAAAAAAUGCGCCUCCAAGGAAGAAAUGCCGCCCCAUAUUUUCUCGAUGGCCCAAUUAGCCUACAGGAGGAUGAUAGCGUCCAGACGCGACCAGAGUGUGGUGUUUUUGGGGCAGUCUGGCUCGGGCAAAAGCGAGAAUCUGAAUCACGCCUUGAAAUAUCUCACGACAAACGCUGGAUCUACGAACAACAUUGUCACAGCUGAUAAGAUGGUCGCCACCCAGACGGUCCUGUCCUCCUUUGGGUCUUGCAGGUCCUCUCAGAACGGAAGUGCCUCUAAGUUCACCCAGAUUGUCUCGAUCGAGUUCGAUUACGGGGGAACUAUAUCUGGAGCUAACAUCCAGGGUAUCCUACUGGAAAAGAGCAGACUGACCAACUACUCUGAAAGAAAGAAGGCAGAGAGUGGCUUCAGUAUAUUUUCACAGAUGGUCUACGGGUGUAAUGAAGAUGAAGCGAAGUUGUGGAGUUUGCCGAAGACAUUUCCCGGAGAAGGUGGAAAGGAAACGUAUUUCUCUCAUAAGGCGGAAGUCGCUGUUCAUGGGAGCCGUGGACUUUCUUCUCAUGUGUACUCGUUCAAGAGACUGAAGAAUGCGUUUGAGGUGCUGGGCGUGUCUAAGGCAGAGCAAGAUGCAAUAUUCGGUGUAACUGCUGCUAUCUUCCACCUUCUUCUGUCCGGAUCAGUCAAAUCGGGAAAUAAGUACGAAUUUGCCGACCAAGAAUCAGCGGAAAAGGCUGCGCAUCUUCUGGGAGUCAAACUACAGACUCUGACUCGAGCUACUUUCUAUGGAAGUGUCACAGGUGUCGGAUCCUCUGCCCUGAGCGCCAGAGCCGGAAGAGGUAUGCGAGCAGGUGCUGGAGCUAACCUGGAUCUCUCUGGACUGGCCUCCAAAGACAUGUUGGAAGGGAUGGCUAUGGGUCUAUACCAGGAUCUUUUCAACGCUGUGUUGUCUCUCACAAACCGAUCUCUUUCUGCGAAUUACAAAUCGAACAUUGCAAUGCAACUGAUUGACGCGCCAGGAUUGAUUAAGAAUUCGUACGAUGACAACGAUAAAGGGAACUCUUUGGAAGAUUUAUUCGUAAAUUACACUCAUGAGAGAUUGCAUCAGUUGUUUCACGAUAGCACAGUCGCCAGUCCUUUAAAGCUGUUCGAACAAGAACGAAUUGAGGUUGACUUUGAAGACUCAAUGCCUACGGAUCCCUCAUUGAUAAUUGACAUGUUGGAUCAGAGUCCGCUGAAGAAGUUGUCAAAUGAUGACGAAGAAGUCGAAGUGAAAGGUCUUCUUUGGGUUCUGGACGAAGAGUCUAUCUUCCCAGACGUGACAUGUGAAAUGAUGCUGAACAAAGUCACAACCAUAUAUGGAGAUAGAGCGGACGGGUUGCUAUCAAGAAAGGGGACCACUCUGUCUAUCAGACACUGUCAGGGUUCAAGUCCAGUCACUUACAAUGCAGAAAAUUGGUUGCAGAGAUGCAAAGAGAAUCCAGUGUGCAGAAUGUCUUUACCAAUGCUACAAGAAUCAUCCAGUGUGAAUAUAGCGGAGGUGUUCGGUCGACUGCGCAGUUAUGUGAGUGGAACAGUAGCUGGCACUAUUGGGGGAGGAGAUGCAUUGAAUCUGAGAAGACAGACUCAAGUCAGAAGAGGCUUCUCAUCCAUCGCAGCUGUCAAGAAAAACUCACUCUGUCUUCAAGUCAAGUUCCAACUGGAUUUCGUUCUGGAAUUGUUGCGCCACACGCAGAUGAAUUUCGUUCUGUGUAUGAUGCCGAACAUGAAGUGUGCUCAAGACCUAGGCUCCUAUUCAUCAAUCGACGUGCCUUUCCUCAGAGCCCAAGUACAAGCUACGCAGAUAGUAUCAGCCGCCAGAAUGUUCCGAGUCGGCUAUCCGGACAACGUUCACUUCGAUAUCUUCAUCAGGAGCUACAGCAUGUUGGUGUCAGUCGACUCCUUCGUCGUGAAUCCGUUGGACGAACGUGCCACGUCUCAGAGUCUGUGUGAGGCGCUGGAGAUACCGGCCGGAUGCUACGCAGUGGGAGUGACCAAACUGUUCUUCCGCUGUGGAGUGUUGGUGGAUCUGGACGAGAGAAGAGACGAGAAGAUAGGCGCGGUGAUCGUGGACUUCCAAGCAUACUGCAGAGCCUACUCGGCCAGACGCCACUUGCAGAAGCUGCAGAUGCAGAAUAGAGCAGUGGCCUGUGUCCAAAAGAAUAUCAGGCUCUUCUGGAAAGUUAGACAGUGGGACUGGUGGAAACUAUACAUCAGGGUGUUGCCCCUGGCGCGAGUGGCUCUCUCGGAGGAGGAGCGUCGGGCCAAAGUGGCCAACCUGGAAGAGGCCACUCGAAAGUUGGAGCAGAAGGACAGUGAGAGGACAGAACUGACCAGUCGGGUAGCCAGACUGGAGCAAGAGGUGGAAGAGAUGGGACUGCAGUUGAGCGAGGAACAGGCGGGCUUGCAGCAUACUACUCAGUUGUACGAACAGGAGCUGCUCAACAGGCGCAGUCUGGAGGAGCAAGUGAAAUCUCUCAAGGCACAGUUGGCUAGCAGUGAGAAGGAGAAUGGCAAGAUGGAGAUGGAGCUGACAGGAUUACGUCACAUGGCCAACUCCUCUCUUUUCAACUCCUCGUCACUGGACGGUGUCCAAGGCCAACAUGCAUUGGGAUCUUCCAGCGGUGGCAGUGAGGAAGAUUAUCUGGACGAGGUCAUGUUCAAAAACAAACUGCUGAGUAUUAAGAAGCAAGCCGAGAUUGACAGGAAGAGGUUGGAAAUGGAGAUGGAGGACGAAAGGGGAGAGUGGGGGAAGGCGAAGAAGUCUCUGGACAGGAAGUUGGGAGAUCUGAGAGACGACUUGGAGGAUAAGGAACACGCAGUCACUCAGCUGAAGAGGAAGGCGGCCAAGUUCCAGGAGGAACUGCAGGACACCAAUCUGGUUCUAAACCAGCAAGUGGCAAGGAAUACAGAACUAGAACGCAAACAGCGCAAAUUUGAUGUCGAACUUAAUCAAGCCCAACAGCAGACAGUUUUGGAACGACAAUUGAAAGAAAAACUGUCAGCAGAAAAGGAAAAUUUUGCUGCUGAGAGUUAUGCUCUGAGUCGCGAAAAAGAAGAAUUAGCUGAGAGUUUGCAAAAUGCCGAGUCCAAGAUACGCAGACUGCAGAGUGAAAUUGAUGACUUGACUGAAAACCAAAACCAAGCCUCAGAAGUUACAGUUCUGAAACGUGACAAACACAGCCUACAGUCCAAAAUCAAAGAUCAAGAGGACGAGCUGGAUGAACUGGCGGGCGAAGUAUCGGGACUGGAGGCUGCCAAGUUAAGGCUAGAGAUGGAGAUGGGCAAAGUCAGGAGUGAUCUUACCAGAGAGUUGGAGAUGAGAGAAGAGGAGUUCGAACAGGGCAAGCAGAAUUACGUGAAAAAAGUGAGGAGCUUAGAGAGUCAGUUGGACGAUGAGAUCCACGAGAGACAGAUCAUCUACAGGGAGAAGUUGGAACUGGAACGGAAGAUCAAAAGCGAGUCCUUAUCCAAGAACUCAGGUGACAUUGAGCGUGAGCGGAAACUGCAGAAGCAACUGGUGCGAGCGAGAGCCCAGUUGAGUGAGAUGCAGGGCAUGCUGGAUGGGAUGAGUGAACAGUGCACUAGUGCGAAGAGGGAGAACAGGAGUCUCAGACACCAACUAGAGGAGGCGAGAGAUACCGCCGAUGCCGCGCUCUCCUCCAAAGCAUCUUUACAAAGGGAACUACAGGACAUACAGCAGGAGAGCGAUUCUGCCCUGGACCAGUGGAAGUCGCAGUACUACGCGAUGGAGGACAAGACGUCUAUUUUGAUGUCCGACAAGUCUGAACUGGAGACUCAACUGGAAGAGGCGGAGGAGGACAUGGCCGGAUUGGAGAGAAAAUUGAGAAAUGUCAUCGCAGAAGCAGCAAUAGACCGCAAUUCGAUCCAUUCUCUGACUACUGAGUUGGCUGAAGUGAGACGCAAUCUGGCAGACAAGGAGGAGCAACUAUCGGGACUGCAGUCAAAGUGCAGCCAGAUACAAGCCACAUCUACUGACAAAGCGCUGUUGCUCAGAGCCGAAAGCAGAGCAACAGAAGUGGAGCGUAGUCUCGGAGUGGAAAAGGCACUGAGAGUCAAGUGCGACAAUCAGAUCAGUCGGCUAAAAGCACAGUCGGACAAGCACUCUGAAGAAGUGGAUGCCCUGUUGGCUGCCCAGAAACAGAAGGAAGAGACUAUCAAGAAGCUGAACAACCAGAUAAGAGAUGUGAAGGAUGAUUUACUGGCAGUAGAGUCCAAGUACGAACAGAGUCAAACCAAGAAACAUGACCUUGAGCGCCAGUUAGGAGACAUGGAGGAGACUAAUGGCAGCCUGAAACAGGAGUUAAACGUGGCCGCCCAGAGAAUCCAGCUUCUUCAGAGAUCUCUACAGGAGAUGAACAACGCAAAUAACGCCUCAGCUGACUCGAGUUUCUACUUGAGCGACGAAGAGGAUGACGUAGACGGGGCUUCUCUUAUGAAUAGCGAAGACGAUGAGGAGGAUCGGAUGCUAGAUGUGAGUGGAAACAACGGGAUGGAGAGAUCCGAGUUCACCUCCGAAGACGAAGACUACGGUUCAGCAGCUGCGGAGUUCUCAUCGACUGCAGGUACUUAGAACAACAACAGAGGCGAACAGUUCCGAAUCUCUCAAAAAUGUGACUUAAAACUUAGAUGGUCACCAGGAGUAAAAUAAGCAAUCAUCAAGCUUUCAAACAAUUUCUCUACAUGGUGUGAAUCGAUUAAAUACUUGCCUUUUUACUUUCUUGUAAUUGCUAAAUGCUGUUAAAUCGUAUCAUUUUUUAUGAUAAAUUAUAUUCUAUUUUGUUCGAAUUUCUUUGUUGUUUAUAGAUAAUCAUUUGUAGCUUAAUGUCACAAAAUUUAAUAAGUUUGAAAAACAAAUUCUAACAUGCGGUUUUUCUUAUUACUAAGACUUUGCUGCGAAACCUAUAAAUUGGGGGCAGUUUAGCUGGAUCAUUAAGAGUCAGUGAACGCAGUCCAGACU